AUGUUUGUCAUUGGUGCAGCGCUCGCCGCCGCAGAGACGGCGAUUACUACUUUAUGGCCGUGGAAGGUUCGUGAACUGGCUGACAAAGAAGGGAGAUCAUCUCCCUUUGCAGUCCUUGAAUCCGACCUCACCCGUUUUCUCACGACAAUACUUGUGACUACCACAAGCGCCACUGUGUUAUCUACAGCUAUAGCCACUGAAGUUGCUGGUGACUUUUUCGGUCCAGCUGCCGUAGGGUAUGUCACUGCGGGCAUGACUGUGUUUUUUCUGUUCUUCGGUGAAAUAUUGCCGAAAGCUCUUGCCGUUCAUGCACCAGCGAAGGUGGCGCGAGUUAUGGUCCCUGUCAUCAGUAUGCUUUCUAUUAUCGUUUAUCCUGUUGGAAAACUUCUCGCAUGGUUGUCGACGCAAAUACUACGCGCAUUCAAACUACCCAUGGAGAACGAUGCAAAGGUAAGUGAAGAGGAGCUGCGCCUGAUUGUUGCUGGCGCUGGUCGCUCAGGCAGUAUCGAGAAAUACGAGUCUCAGAUUAUUCACAACGUGCUCGACUUGGAGGAGACCGAUGUCCGAAACGUCAUGUGUCCCAGAGUUGACGUCGUUGCGUUACCGGUUACCAGCACUUUGACUGAGCUGCUGGAAUUAGAGUCUGAAUCUCACUACUCACGGAUGCCUGUUUUCGAGGAUACGAUUGAUAAUAUCGUGGGGGUGGCAAUGUUAAAAUCGCUGUUACGCUACUUGCGAGAAGACGCAUCCCUUUUACCCACGACCAAAGUAUCAGAGAUAAUGGACCCAGCUUUCUUUGUGCCUGAAUCAAUGUCUGUGUGGAUUGUUCUCGAAGAAAUGAGAAAACGAAGGCUCCACAUGGCCAUUGUUGUAGAUGAAUACGGUGGGACUGCUGGUUUGGUUACUCUCGAAGAUAUCCUGGAAGAAGUAGUGGGGGAGAUUUACGAUGAAGAUGAUGACUACGAGGCAGAGGCACAGUUUAUUAAGAAAAAGCAAGACGGAAAUUUCCUUGUGGAGGGCCAAGCGGACCUUGAAAAAGUGGACCAGGCACUAGGUAUGCAUCUGGAUGAAGACGACUUGGGCGAUUACGGAACGAUAUCAGGCUUCCUCUGUGCGCGCAUGGGGGGUAUUCCCGAGGUGGGCGACCUGUGGGUAUUCAAUCAUGUCAGGUUCGUCGUCGUUGACGCGGACGAUCGCAGGAUCCUUGGCUUGCGAGCGGAGAUGCUGUCUCCGGAAGAGAUGGCGGAGAGCCCGGAAAGCCAUAAAUCUCAUGAAGAGGCGAACGUUGAGACAUUCUUUGGGCAGUACACGGAUAUAGAAAACGGACUUGGCGGUGAGCGGAGCAGCUCAAGACCCAAUGAUCGAUUUUCUAAGCCUGCGGAAAAUGGAACUGCAAAAGGGGGGUCAACCAAGUGUUCUCGAAACGACGGCAGCGUGGAUUCCGAGCCGAGAAAAGUAAACGGUGGACAGGAUUCGGCGGAUGCGUCUGGGAGGGAUCCUCGCGAGCCGUAAAGUGUGAAUGUUGAGCGCGAGAAAGUUGGAGUGGGGCCGCUAUGUUCAGUGCUCUAGUCCUCUCGUAAGCGUCUCAUAAAAAUUGAUACGCGGUUGACGUAGUUUUGGUCCCCAACCGAAGCACCCAACAUGCUGCUGGUCACAGAAGUUUGGGACGCAUUCAACAACAGGCUUACAACUACUCACAGAAGAAGCACCCAAUGUAAAUAUCGAUUUGCGUCACGCAGGGUUGCAAAAUGACGGCAAAACCGUGUUUGAAAA